UUUCUCCUCCUCCCCUUCGUCACUCCUCGGCCAUUGUUCGUGCUCGCGUGCUGGAAGUCCGUCGGGCGGACCGUGGCUGCGUACCGGGCGGCGCUCUGUCGCCAUGACGGGCUCCGCUCCGCAGUUCGGAGUCGUGCUGCUGCUGGCCGUCCUGCUGCAGACCGUCCUGGUUGCCGUCACCCUGCUGCACUUCAGCACCUCGCUCAAUGCCAUGAAGGAGACGUUCUCCAGGAGCAGCGCAUCGUGCCUUCAAGGUUGGGACCUGCAGAGCGUUUCGGCCGUGCCAGACGAUCCGUGCCGGCAGGUCACGCAGCAGCUCCACCAACUCAUCGAGAAGUCGCUGUCGCAACGCUACCAGAAGCAGAUCUCGUCGGCGGUCAGAGAUGAAGUUUCGCGGGUUCUGCCCUCGCUGGUGCCAGAGGACGGCGCGUCGCCACGGCCUAAAGUCGCCGCUCACGUCACCGGAAGUUUCGCGCCCAAGCUGGAGGCAGGAAGUGGCGGACCCGGGGGAACGGCGGGUGCCCGGCGCGUUCAGGGGCAGAAGAUUUCGUGGUGGGAAGGCGAGAAGGGUCUGGCCUUCCUGCAGGACGUCCAGCUGGUGGACGGCGAGCUGGUGGUCCCGCGGCCCGGCCUCUACUACAUCUAUGCCCAGACCUACUUCAGACACAGCCGCCCUGUGGGCGAGGACGCCUCGGACGAUGGCGACGAGGACAGAGGAAGGCCUCUGCUGCAGUACAUCUACAAGAAGGUGAGCACCUACCCAGUGCCCAUCCUGCUGAUGAAGACCAGCAGGACCUCCUGCUGGUCCAAGGACUCCCAAUUUUCGCUUCACUCGGCCCACCAGGGGGGGCUUUUCUCUCUCAGCCCGGGCGACCGCCUCUUUGUCACAGUGACCAACGCCUCUGCCGUGGACAUGGACGAAAAGAGCAGCUUUUUUGGGGCCUUCCUCAUCAGCUAGGCCACAAGAGGCCGCUGUUGCACUUCCUCCAGAGGAUUCUGUCCAUCAGAACUUGGUGGACAUCAAACCCAAAGACGUUCCGAGCGAGGGACAAACGCGGGAGCGGCGUCAAGUGACGGCCAGAGGUGAGGCGGCGAUGGACGCGAGGACGAUUUUCUUAAAAUUUCCAUUGAGUAAAAAAUCCAAUUCAAAUUCAAAAGUGACUACUUGCUGCUAACAAACAUGUGCUUCCCCUUUGUAGCCUAAAUAAGCGAGCAUGUGAUGUCUGACUGUAAUUUUUAUUUGGCCGCUUGUGACAAAGCAGCAGAUUUUUUUUAUUUGUUCAACGAGAUUCUUUCUAGUGGGGAACAAAAUCUGCAACAUCUCAAAAAUAGUUUGUUUUCAGUGGUCUAUGUAAAUAAGUAAGCAAUUUGCCUUUUUUUUCCCCCCCUCAUCUGUUCACAGAUGGUUCACAGAUGAUUGAUGCCAUAAGACAUGAAGAGUAAUUCUGUUCCUUAUUAUUAGAAACAUUUGUGAAAAUAUUGCGCAUCAAAGAAAAGUUUGUUGUCAAGUUUUUGCCACUCAUCUGAGCGUAUUGAGGAUGUUAAUAAUCCUUUGUGUUUUUUUUUGUUGUGUGUUUCAUGUGUAUCUGCUAAAUGUACUGAAUCUGAUCAACUGCAUAUGAACAGCCAAUCAUCCCACGAACCUGAAUGCAGCACUUCUACAUAUCAUUGUUUUUAAAUAUUAUUUUAGAUCAACCAAAGAUUACUACAGCGUUUAUUGGGGUGGUAAACCAGUGAAUCUGUGCAAUUGGGCCCUUCGCAAAUCCUGUUGUACGCUGAACAGUUGCUGUUUGGUGGUAUUAUGGUGCUAGAACAAUUUGAUGUGAGUUGAGGAGCUUAACUUGGAUAAAAGUAGCCCUUUGCUGCAUCUUGUCCCAUCUUUAAGAAAAUACAAACCGUUUUAGAGGAGCGUUAAUUAGAUUUACACUAAUAGGGGAUCGUGAACAACAAUGCAUUCUCACUUGUAAAUAAAUCAUGAGUGUAAAUAUCCUUCAUCUGUAAAUAUGUGCAAUAAAGAGUUUGUGACAAUAACAAA